UUGGAGUGCUUGCAUUCUCUUUCUAUGUAACUCUCUAACUCCCAAGUCUGUCAUUAAAUACUGCUGAUAGAUGUUCACUAAUCCUGUAUCUUCCUGCGGUAUCAGACAUGCUUUGCUUCAGCUUUUAUUCCCUUUUACUGUUUGUGCUCUUUCAUCAGCCCUGCUUGUCAAACACAGGCUGGAUCCUUAAUGUCCUGUUUCCUCCAUCUUCAGAACCCCGUGCAAUGAAAUUUAACGACACUCCCCCAGUAGUGCUGGUACCUGGAUGGAUUGGGAACCAGCUGGAAGCAAAGUUGGAUAAGCCAUCAGUGGUCCAUUGGUUGUGCUACCGGAAGACAGAUGACUUCUUCAUAAUAUGGCUCAACCUCAACAUGUUUUUACCUGUGGGUAUUGACUGCUGGAUCGACAAUAUGAGAGUUGUCUACAACAGAACAUCUCGAAGAACAUAUAAUGCUCCUGGAGUGCAAAUCCGUGUGCCAGGCUUUGGGGAAACUGACACAGUAGAGUAUCUUGAUGAGAUUAAGCUAGCAGGUUACAUGCAUACACUUGUGCAGGAAUUGGUAAACAUUGGCUACAUCCGAGGCAAGACCAUUCGUGCAGCUCCGUAUGACUGGCGUAUUGCACCUAGUGAACAGGAGGAAUAUUUUGGGAAGCUGAAGAAGCUGAUUGAAGAGAUGUAUGAAGAAUUCCAAAAGCCCAUUACUCUGAUUGGACACAGCCUGGGAAACAUGUAUGUCCUGUAUUUUUUUCAGGAACAAGCACAAGAAUGGAGAGAUAAGUAUAUCCGCACGUUCAUUUCACUUGGAUCACCAUGGGGUGGAUCAGUUAAGACUCUCCGAGUGUUAGCAUCAGGAGACAACCAUGGAAUUCCAUUUGUUACAAACAUUAAGCUCCGUGAGGAUCAGCGAAUGACAACCACCAGUCCUUGGAUGAUGCCCAGUAUGUUGGCAUGGCCAGAAGGUCAUGUCUUUAUUGCCACACCUCAACGCAAUUACACCUACCAUGACUAUUAUCAGUUAUUGUCAGACAUUGGCUAUGAAAAUGCCUGGUACAUGUGGGAAGAUAACAAAGACUUCCUGAACAAGCUGCCUCCACCAGGGGUUGAGACAUACUGCCUUUAUGGCACUGGGAUUCCUACAGAAGAAACCUACAUAUACAGCAUGGACUUCCCCAGCAAAGACCCUUCAGAUGCUGUCUAUGCUGAUGGUGAUGGCACAGUAAACACCCGCAGCCUGGCACUGUGUAAGCUAUGGCAAGGAAAGCAAAAGCAGGCAGUGCACAUUCAAGAGUUAAAAGGCAUAGAGCACUUAGAUAUGGUGUAUCAUAACACUACAUUGGAUUAUAUUAAAAAUGUCUUACUACGAGACUACAAAGAUAGUCUAUGAUGCACUGUCAAGCAGCAGACAAACUGUACGGAUUAUAAGUAAUGACUUUUGUAAUUAAUUAACCUUACUAUAGAGAUACAGUAGUAGUACUAUCCUAUAAAAUUUCUAUACAACAUUCAAUUCUAUUUUAUGAACUUUUCUUUUUCAGUUUUUAUCUGCCAGCUCAGAAAGACAUUAUUUGAAUCAGUUUUUAGGGUAAUUUAUCACUUCUUAACACACUGAAGUCACAGUUAUAAAAAAUAGCAUUAUUAUUCAUUAAUAGGUUCAGUUGGGAGGCAGUAUAUUAUGCAGGCUUUCAUUAUCUUACAUUUCCCACUUAUAAAGCCAUUGAACAGAUUCUAUUACCAGUUCGGAAUAACUGAAGGCAUGAGGUUUUAUUUUUCAGUGCCUUAUGAAAUUACAUUAAUAAAAAGCAGAAUGUAAGUACUGGUUCCAACAUAA